UUUGAGGCCCAUUAUCUUGGUAAUACAAAAUCUUAACCACCAAACACCACAUUGAAAGAGACUGAGAAAUCUGCUACAACCAUGACGUCUUCCCCCUUUCCGAUUACCGUUACCCUUAAGCACCACCGUCACCGUCGCCCUUCGCCGCCGAAACACUAUGUCUCAGCUAUCACACCAAACCAUUUCAUGAGUUUCCGCUCACCUUCCUCAUUUUCAAAUAAUCUCCACCCUUCAUUUCCCUUCUUCAAGCGCAAUUAUCGCUUCCACCGUUGCUGCGCCACUAAUUCGCCAUCCGAACCGCCGCCGGAGAAUCAGAUACCUCCAGGUAAUGCUCUGGUUUGGAGAUUCUUUAUCCAAAGUAAUGCCAUGGAUCAAGGAACAUAUUUUGGAAUUUUGGAUGGUGAUCUUGAUCUCAGGCACUAGCUCUGGCUUUAGACUUAUUGGUGACAAAUCUGGGGGUGAUCAAGUUACCAAGAAACGAACAAGAGGGGGCCUCGUAUUCAGCACUUUAUCAGGUAAAAUGCCUUAUUUUUAGAUGUACUUAUUAUACUGCAAGACUAUAGUUAUUUAUGAUUUACUUGUAUCCUGUGAAGUUCUCACUUGGUAACAAUCUUGACUGAUUUUAUUUGUCAUGACCUCAUUUUCAUUGCCUAUAUAGUGUUCAGCUAAUAUCUCCUCUUUGAUGUUGGACGGUUUUGUUGGUUUGGAAUGAUAGUGAUGUCAUUAUUGGUGCACAACUUCAUAUCUCAUGAAUAAUUUGCAUCACUAGUAGCUGCAUUUUGGAAGCCAGCAAAAAUCUUCAUCAAUUUGUAAUGAUAUGUUUAUCUCAGUUCAAUUCUCCACCAGAAAUAGGAAAGAAACAGAAUUCGGGAGGCCCGUCAUCUCAG